AUGGACCAUCACAACAACAUUUCCCCAACAAUAUUCCUGCAAAAUUCGUACACGUUAACACCUUCUCAAUCACUGCAUGAAUCACCUACCAGUCAACCAACCAAACCACUCCUCUCAUCUUCAAAACCUCUAAUUCAACCUCAAAUUCACCAAAUUCAACAUGUCAAAACCUAAAUCCAUCCACCAAUUAGAUCUCCAAGACCUUCUGAACACCGGAUUAAACUCACACGAUGCAAAACUGCUCCAAAUCGACCUCAAAUCCACCAUUAAUGGCGCCAAUGGUUCCAAUCCAGUUGACUUAUGGCGCGAAAUCACUUCUCGAAGGUUGCUUAAACCGUCUUAUCCUCAUUCUGUUCAUCGGAUCGUCUACGACGCGGUGUAUGGUAGCUACGAUGUGUCUGCUCAUGGUCCUCCUCUCUAUUGGUUCCCUUCUGACGUUGAUUCUCGACAAACAAACUUGGGGCGUAUUAUGGAAGCCCACGGUCCAAAGCUUCUAGGAGCAGCAUACAAGGAUCCCAUAACAAGUUAUAAACAAUUUCAAAAGUUUUCGGUUCAACAUCAGGAGGAAUACUGGUCAAUUGUUUUGGAAAAGCUUUCGGUCCGCUUUCAACAACCUCCUAAAUGUAUUUUGGACACCUCAGAUAAAUCAAAACCUGGCGGCACAUGGCUUCCUGGUUCGGUUUUGAACAUUGCGGAGUGUUGUUUGCUGUCGGCUAAUGAACGAGAUAAUGAUAAUGAAAAAGUUGCGAUUGUGUGGCGAGAUGAAAGAUUUGAUGAUCUUGAAGUCAACAAGAUGACAUUAAACGAGUUGAGACGUCAAGUAAUGUUGGUUGCAAAUGCGUUAAAAGGAUCGUUUACAAAGGGAGAUCCAAUUGCAAUUGAUAUGCCAAUGACUGUCACUGCAGUUGUUAUAUAUUUAGCAAUUAUAUAUGCUGGAUUUGUGGUUGUAUCCAUAGCCGAUAGUUUUGCGUCAAAGGAGAUUGCUACACGAUUACGCGUGUCAAAAGCGAAGGCUACUUUUACUCAAGACUAUAUUGUUAGAGGUGGUAAAAAAUUUCCUUUGUACAGCCGCGUUGUUGAGGCAACUGAUCGUAGAGUUAUUGUGGUUCCUGCAAUUGGAGAAAAUGUCGACAUCCAGCUUAGAAAACAGGAUAUCUCGUGGGAUGAUUUUCUGUCUAGUGCCAAACAGCUUCCUAGGCCUGAUUAUUGUGAUCCAGUAUAUCAAUCAUCAGACACUGUAACAAACAUACUUUUCUCUUCAGGAACAACAGGAGAUCCAAAAGCUAUACCAUGGACUCAAAUCUCUCCCAUUAGAGGAGCAGCUGAUGCAUGGGCCCAUAUGGAUGUUCAGCCCGAAGAUGUAUUCUGCUGGCCCACUAAUUUGGGCUGGGUAAUGGGGCCCAUUCUACUGUAUUCAUGCUUUCUGACUGGUGGUACACUAGCUCUUUAUCAUGGCUCUCCACUCGGUCGUGGUUUCGGAAAAUUUAUUCAGGAUGCACGAGUUACACUUUUGGGCACCGUUCCAAGUCUAGUUAAGUUAUGGAACAGUACAGGAUGUAUGGAAGGACUAGAUUGGACAAACAUAAAGUUAUUUGCGACUACUGGUGAAGCGUCUAGUGUUGAUGAUGAUCUUUGGCUUUCUUCAAGGGCUUAUUACAAACCUGUUCUCGAAUGUUGCGGUGGUACCGAGCUUGCUUCAUCUUACGUUCAAGGGAACGUUUUGCAGCCGCAAGCUUUUGCUGCUUUUAGCUCUGCUUCGAUGACAACCGGCAUUGUAAUUCUCGAUGAUCAUGGAGUUCCUUAUCCGGAUGAUCAACCGUGUGUCGGUGAAGUGGGCUUGUUUCCUGUAUACAUGGGAGCAACUGACAGACUACUUAAUGCGGAUCAUGACAAGAUUUACUUUAAGGGAAUGCCUGUUUACAACGGAAUGCAACUCAGGCGACAUGGUGACAUCGUUAAGAGAACGAUCGGAGGCUAUUAUAUGGUACAAGGCAGGGCCGAUGAUACCAUGAACCUUGGUGGCAUAAAGACAAGCUCGAUCGAAAUCGAGCGAGUUUGCGAACAAGCUGACGCCAGCAUAAUGGAAACCGCUGCAGUCAGUUGUCAACCAGCAACCGGUGGUCCAGAACUGUUAGCCAUAUUCGUCGUACUAAAGGAAGGAUUCAACACCGAACAAGACAAGUUGAAGAUGAUUUUCUCAAAGGCCAUUCAAAGAAACCUUAACCCGUUGUUUAAGGUGAGCUUUGUUAAGAUCGUUCCAGAGUUCCCUCGAACGGCUUCAAACAAGUUACUUAGAAGACUUUUGAGAGAUCAACUGAAGGAAGUGCUUCACCGGCGAAGUAAAAUAUAACAAACAUAGUAAUUUUCUGUCAUUGAUAUGUUGAAUAAAUGUAAGAUUUUCUUGAAUAAAAAGUGUGCUUUGGUAACAAUUACUGUCACAGCCUCACAGGCUUAUACAAACAAGCUUCUUAUGAAGCUUUUUUCUAUUUGUUUGACAAAA